AUGUGGCAGAGUGACACUUUUAAAGGACAAUGCGUCACCCCUCCCUCUCCCUGCACUCCUCCCCUCUCACCUCUCACCCCUCGCCCCCUCUACCCCCCAGGACAAGGCGUCACCUUUCUCUCACCCCUCUCUCCCCCCUCUCCCCCCCAGGACAAGGCAUCACCAAGGGCGUUAGCGGAGCAGCUGCUGGCCAGACUGGAAUGCAGCUUUUCUGAGGGCGCGGGCGGGGGGGCGGGGGGUGAAUAUUUCUCCCUCGCCCAUCCUGAGGUAUGGGGCGGCCUCCCCUCACCCCCUCUGCCCCCCCGGGAUGCCUCAGCCAAUACUACACUGGUGGGGGACAUUGGAGGGGACCUGGGGGAGCUGGGGGAGCUUAGAGUAGGGGGUGGGGUUGUCGGGGGGGCGGGGGUGCGGGGGGGUGACCUGGAUGACCUCGGAGGUGAUCUGGAUUUGGAUGAUUUCGAGGACACGCUUAUAGACGACGACCCCCGCGACCUCCCCCCCUCCCCAGGUCUACCCUCACCCCUCCCACCCCUGCACCCCUCACAGGCCCCCAGCCCCCACUACUGCCAUAGACGGGGUGCAGUGCCUCCCGUCUCCCCUCACCGCUCUUCCCUCUCCCCGCCCCCUACCCCCAAAACCCAAAGUAGGAGGGGUGCGCGGCCCCACCUCGCCCCCUCUAGACAACUGCACCUCCUCAACCCCACCCCGGCCUUCCUCCACCGCCCCUCCACGUCUAAUAGCGAGGAUGAGGGGUCUGUGCCCCUCCGCCCCCACCCACCAUGA